AUGGGAGGGGGCGGGACUAUCGUUGUAGAUGGUGGUAAUGCUUUUGAUAAUGCAGCCUCUUUCGUCGCCGCCACUUCUGGCAGCUCAGAUACGAUUGUUACAGCGGUGGAUAGGAAAGAUGGUGGUGACGACAGCGACGGGGAUGAUGAUAGGCCUUUCUUCGACUUGGAACUUGCGGUUCCGGAUGAAGAUAGAGAUGGAGGAAACAAUGUUGCAGGUGAAGAAAUUGAGGACCAAAACUACAACAUUGACGCAAAAUUUGAUUACGAUUGCUCCGAUGAUGAAAGGGAGUUCGAUUUCGCACUCUCCUACGACGAUCGUUCUGAUCCCAACUUAACUCUAUCUCCUUCCGAUGAUCUGUUCUUUAAAGGGAGAUUAGUUUCCUUCGAGCCAAACUCUUGUUUAGACUCAAAGCCUUCUCAAUACCCUGUCUCGUUGUUGAAAUCAGUCACCAAGUUUCGAGUUUUCUUGUUGAGGUUGAAGAAAUUCUCCAAGUAUGUAAUGCGAAAAUACUUGAACAAAGUUAAGCCUCUCUACGUUAGGGUUUCGAGAAGGUACGAUGAGAAGUUAAGGUUUUCAGGGUCUUUAAAACCAAUCACGUCACCGUAUACAGCGGUUUCGGAGAAGGCAUAUGUGAAUAUUCCGGUAGGGAUUAGAGUGGUUUGUAAGCAUCUGGGAAAGAGUAGGUCGGCUUCCUUCGCCGUGGCGGCGAUAUCUCCGAUGACGGUUUUGUCAAACAGGAGAGACGAUUCUCUGUUGCAGCAAGAUGAUGGAAUCCAAAGCGCCAUCUUGCAUUGCAAGAGAUCCUUUAAUAGCUCUUCUCGAGGUGUUUCAGCUAAAGCUUGUCAAUUGGAUUGA